AUGUCGUCGUUACGCAAUGUGGUGCGAAGAUUCGAAAUAGUGAAAUUAAUUCGAAACGCCUGCGUAUCGCAAGGUGUUUGCGGCACGAAAGUAGCACGAUUGUCGGUAAGGAGUCCGAAUAGACUUUUGUAUACAACGGUUACGAGGGAAACGUCAAUCGACCGACUUAACCUCACAAAGAAUCCGAAGAACGACAAUCAAGCGGUGCCUAAAAAAUCGGAAACGGUCAGUAAUGUCAUGGUCACCGUGAUAUCGCCCGAUCUCACCCCAUCCGUGAUGACACUGGAUGAGGCACAUCGGAUAUCGAAGCGGAGGGAAUUAAAAUUGGUCAAAGUCAUGGAUUCCGCUGGGAAGACCAAGAGACCAAUUUACAAACUUAUGACAGGCUCUGAAUACUUUGCCGAAGAGCUAAAUCAUCGCAAGAAAAAGGCCGCCAGACCAAAUGGCCCGGUAAAGGACCCAAAAAUUGCUGAACUUACUGCCAAAAUAUCUCCUCACGACUUGGAAACAAAGAUAAAAAAUUUCGUCAAGUGGUUAAACAAGAGGCACGAAGUUAGAGUAUCCAUAACGGCUGACGAUAAUGUGGAGGAAGCGGAAAAAAGAUGCGAACUUAUUAUAGCUGGAACAAAGCAUGCUGGUAAAGUGUUUCAAAAACGCGUUAAGGGCAGGAACAUCAAGUUUCAAUUGGCCCCUCUGAAAGUAAAACCGCAAGAUUCGCAAAAAGAUUCCGACGAAGCACCUAUCGAGGAAUCUGAAGAUGGGACUGCAAAGCAGUCAGAAUCUACUUGAGUGUAUGAACUGCUAAAUAUGUAACUUGUUCAUCCAGCUACAAAGCAACAGUACAUGUUAUGUUAAAAAUUGAUUAGUAACUGACUAUGAACGAUUGUUCAUGUGUUUCUACAUCGGAACAUAUUUCUGUUGUCAAAUAUGCAAUGUACUUGACUAUAAUAGGUAUGUUACAUCGCACCUGUUUUUUAUCAAUGAGAAAGAAUUUCAUUUCGUACGUUAGUUUGGGAAUAGAUUUGUAUAGUGUACUUGUGAUGAUGAUUCUGGAAAAUAAAUCGUUACCAGUUGUAUAGUAGUGAAUAAUUUCUUUUACAAUUAAACACAAGUCAUCCCGAUUAAGCUAAUUGUGAUGAGGUAAUAAAUAUAAUAUAAAUAAUGAUAUUGCUGCUUCUCUUUACCUUUUAUCAUUGUUUGGGGCUUAAUAAUGCGAAUUUGGUCAAAACCGCAUACAUCGUCUCCGCUGUCAUUUACUACUCGAUUAAUUAUUAGAUCGUACAUUUUAUAUUUACGUAAAUGAAUACAUGUAUGUAUACACAUUUUAUAUAUAUAAUACAAAACAUUUGUGUGCAAUUUCCGUCGGUAUUAAUACGCUAUAUAUUUACAAUAGUAGAAUAUAUAAUAUAUAUUAUUUCAAUUGCGAUUAAAGUCUGUUUUGUUAUUAUUAUCAUGAUCUCUCACUACUGCUAGUACUAAUAGAUAUAUUUGUUAUUGUCAUAAUGGACACGAUAAAGUUAUUUGAUACGUUACUUUUACUCAUUUCCAAUAUGUGUCUGUAUUUUAACUCUAUCGAUAUGCCUUCACGUUCAUCGUGCAUAUAUUCUCGGAAUUUCGAAAAAUGAAAGAGAAAAGUCUAGUUUAUGUAUUAGCCUCGUGUAAUAGAAAAUUUGUUUCACAUAGAUUUCAUAUUCUUUUCCGCACAAUUUAUCUAUCAGUAUUAAAGAGAAUAAGAAUUUGUCUCUAAUAUUUAUUGAGGAUAAAAGAAGUCAAUUAUCAAUAU